CUUGCAAUUUGGAAAAGUGAAAUGGAAGAGGAUGUUGUGAAAUUAGUUUGAGAAAAAAAUGUAAUAGUUUACCUCAUUAGGUCACCUUCUCUAUACCUUCACUUACAAAUAAAGAAGAUCCUUCUAUUCCUUGAAUAAGCACAACAUUCAGUAUGGCUGGACCGCCGUAAAGAGGAAGCACUUACAGAGUUAUAUUAUUAUGUUUAUUGAGAAAAAAAUUUUGUGAUACCAUUUGCGUUAGCAACAAAAAGCUAAAAUGCGGAGGUGUACUGAACUCAGUAUCCAAAGACAAAACAAGCGCUCUGUGGUUUAAGAUAUAUUACAUCACGGUGCACCAUCGUAUUUUUUGUACGGGUUGUACUGACCGGUAUUGACAUAAUGUACGUGUCCUGGCAUGGUGCUAAUCCGUUUAUCCCUGAGAAAGAACUUAUGGCCACCUGCAUAAUUAGCCUGAUUAGUGCUGAACCCUAUAUUGCACAAUGCAUCCAUCUCACUUUGGUCGAAAUUUUGGCAAGAAAGAAAAGUACAAGGAUAGUCCUUAAUGUUGAGUCUAACAAUAAGAAGAGGAAACGCUAAAUAUGAGCGACUGCUGUAUUCCAAAUUCCUUGGGGCUGAUUUGGUUUCUGUGAGGGAAGUUUAACCAACAACCGGGAGAAGCUUGAUUCGUCACAAAACAGGGAACAGAUCGGUGCUCUGCAACGACCAGGACAUGUUGGAUAUCCCCGUCAACGUCCCCGUGGAUACUGUCAAACUUCGCAUUGAGAAAACUAUGGUGCGGCGAAUCCCAACGGAAGCUUUUUACUACCUGGUGGAGUUACGGUUCCUGUGGAUUACCUACAAUGCCGUCAGCUCAGUGGAUACUGCAGGUUUCUACAACCUCAAAGUGCUCCACGAGCUGCGGCUGGACGGGAAUGUGAUCUCUGUUUUCCCUUGGGAGUCUCUAAAAGAGAUGCCCAGGCUGAGGACACUGGAUCUGCAUAACAACAGGAUCGCCAAUGUUCCGAAUGAGGCAGUACCCUACCUCCUCAACAUCACCUACUUGGAUCUAUCCAGCAACAAAUUGGUCACCCUGCCCUCUGAUCUCAUGGAUAUCUGGCCCCCCUUCAAUGGAGCACCUGUCACUAAUGCCUUCCAGAAAGUUGUGUUAGGCCUCCAAGACAACCCCUGGUUCUGUGACUGCAAAAUCUCCAAGCUGAUGGAGCUUUCCAAAAUGACUGGCACACCAGUAGUUUUGAUGGACCUAUUGAUGACCUGCAAUGGACCAGAGCAUUUGGCUGGUGUCUCAUUUCAGCGGGCUGAGCUUGACAAUUGUGUAAAGCCAUCGGUCAUGACUUCGGCAACCAAGAUCACAUCUCCUUUGGGCAGUAAUGUCCUCCUGCGCUGUGACACCACAGGGUUUCCAACCCCAUCGCUUUAUUGGGCGAGGUCAGAUGGCUCGCAAGUCAACAACACAGUCCAGGAGUCACCUGGCGAUGGCAUCAGAUGGUCCAUCAUGAGCUUGCAAAGAAUAUUACACAAAGACGCCGGGAACUACAGUUGCAGAGCGAAGAAUUUAGCUGGCAACGCAGACGCCACCGUUUCUGUCUCGGUUGCUGGUGGCGUCAGUACCACCACGCUUCCAUUGAGGCCUAGUACCAUCGAAACCACCGAACUGACGAGUCAAGGCACAACAUUUACUACUACCAACUCGCCCAGCACCACCUCCACAGUUACCCCGAGAACGUCGACAACGGUCGUCCCUAAGAAGCCGAAAACUCCCACCGGCCCCAGAGUCCAGAAAUUCCCGAUCAAACGAGCAGAAACCCAGCCAGAAGUUAAUGGGAGAAAGCUCGCGGCCGAUGAAAAGAGCAAGAAGAGCGAUCCGUCAAAGUCCGUCAAAGACCUUAAGAUUGUCGAGGAAACUGCUGACACUGCAGUGUUGCUCUGGACAGCAGACGGGUUACCGAAUGAUGCCCCACUAACGGCGGUAUACUCACCCUAUGAUGAGGAUGACAAAAGGACAUUGGAGACUGAUGCCGGCAGCGGGAAAGUGCUCCUCGAGGGAUUGUCUUCCGGGAUGAGGCACUCGGUUUGCCUCGUAGCGAAAGGGAGUGCUGCGGGAAAAGAUCCUUGCAUCGAUUUCUACACAUUGGACAACGUAAAGGACGAUGGGCAGAGCCCGCUUUUCAUUAUCGUAAGCGGUAUUGCUUGCGCUUUUGUUGUGUCUCUUAUUGCACUGUUGGUCUACAAGAUUCUCGCUCUGUACUGCAGCGUAGAGAGCUCGGCUUCGGACGAAGAGGAGCUGGAAAAAGACAGCUACGUCAAGUUUGAGACCAUUUCAAUGAAGCAAAGGACCUUGAACUCUCAUCCAAGUGAACUUUGGGCAAGGAGAGCAACGAAUGAAUCGGAGCAAAUGCUCCUGUGCUCCAGGGGGAGUGUUGACUCUCAGAUGACUUAUAAGAGUGACAGUUCCCGCUUUGAGUAUCUCUGCUGACGCCAGGAAUCCAUGGCCAAUGGCCAAACACCAUGCUAGUAAGUCAUUUUAUGAAAUAUAUGCCUUUUAUAACACUGAUACACGAUUAACGAUGAAAUCAUUCAGCGGAGGCUGUCAAUAACUCGUUUUCAGUAUUCAGUUUCCAUCAACUAUUAAUCUAUGAAGAUUCAUAGAAUGAUUUAGAAACGUGUCGGUGUCAUGGAAACAUUCCCUGGAGGUUAUUUGGGAAUUCAAAAGAACCAAUGUCAAAAGUCCAAUUAGGUCAGUCAAUGACUGAAUGUCAUUCCCGAAUUUAUUAUGGAGCCUUAUAUUUGAUGAAGACUGUUUGAAUGCUUGUCACUACAGCACAGCAUCUUUGUUGGAUUAAUUUCACGUCUUCAAAGUACCAUAAAAAGAGCCUGUCCAUGAGCUGUGUGUGGCCUUUUAGGCUGUACUCAAUGCCAAAGUGUAAGUGUUAGAUAUGAAUAUUAUGUGGUGGUGUCAAAGAAGGCCCAUUAUCCACUUCCCAUCACAUUUACAUUAUUGUCACUUUCAGGAUCAAGCUGAUUGUUGCCUUAAUGGACCAGAAAGUAUGUUCAGUGUGUUUGAUAGAAUGUGUGUCUCGUCUGAUAAACAUUGCCAGUUUCUAUGACUUUAUGUAUACAUUUGUCGAUAAAAGGAGUUGUACAUUUGUUUUUAAUAAACUGAACAAAAACUGUUA